AUGAUUUCCAGUGCUUUAUCGGAGUGGCAGAAGCUCCCUAUAAGUCUGGGUGAGCUUUGUAUUAACACGACCCUUAGAUGUGGCCAGUCAUUUAGAUGGCAGCACCUCCCUGAGAGUGAAGAAUGGCGAUGUGUCCUUUAUGGCAAUCUCCUAUCACUGAAGCAAGACUCGAACUACCUAUACUACCGAUCUGUGUCUGCUUCGGAUACAUCCACACAAACCUCCAAUGACCAUUUCGUCCGCAUUAUCAAACAUUACUUCAACCUGACACCCAAUUUGACCGAAUUAUAUGCACAAUGGUCUUCACAAGACCCCAAUUUCAAGAAAAAGGCUGCGCAGUUUACCGGAAUCCGCAUUCUCCGCCAAGAUGCCUGGGAGGCACUGGUAUCAUUCAUCUGCAGCAGCAACAACAACAUUGCACGGAUCUCACAGAUGGUCGAGAAACUAUGCAUACAUUAUGGAAAGCCAGUAGCAACAAUCGAUGGCCGUGCAUACCAUGAUUUCCCUCCCCCGGAUGCCUUGGCUACCAAGGACGUGGAGGGCAAUCUUCGCAAUUUAGGAUUUGGCUACCGGGCCAAGUACAUAUAUCAAACAGCAGUCAUGGUAUCCAACCGAGAGAAGAGCUGGCUAGAUGCUCUGAGCAACCCCGAGUGUCCGCCAUUUGGCGUGAAUCCGAAACCUACCGGUGAGAUGAAACCGGAGGGUCGGGAUGGAUACCGCGAAGCUCAUGAAAAGCUCCUCGAGCUGCAGGGGGUGGGGCCAAAGGUAUCAGACUGUGUUUGUCUAAUGGGGUUAGGUUGGGGAGAGUCUGUGCCGGUGGAUACACAUGUGUGGCAGAUUGCGCAGCGAGACUAUCGAUUUGGAAAAACCUCCAACAAGAAUUUGAACAAGACUACUUAUGACGCUGUUGCGAAUCACUUCCGCAAGCUUUGGGGUAAGGAGGCUGGAUGGGCUCAUAGCGUGCUCUUCACGGCGGACCUGCGUACCUUUGCAGACAAGCUUGCGGCGACUAAGAAAGUUGACGUGAAAGUCAAGGAUGAAGAGUCUGCUAUCAAGAUUGAGACGAAAGUGACAACUGGUGUGGCUUUGAAAAUACCCGAGGAUCUUGAGGACAAGGUUAAGAUUGAGGACAUGGACGAUGUCAAGAAAAUCAACGGCAAGAGACGAAAGGAAGAAAUUGUUCCUGUGGCUCAAACAACAGAGACACGGAGAAUGUCCAAGCGACUACGACGCUGA